AGAUCACUACUCUAAACUAUGCAGCAAAUAAUUCAAUUGUGACCAUCAACCUCAUAUCUCUUCUCAUUUUUUUUAUUGGAUAUUUACUUUGUGUUCUUGAAUUGUUCAACCACUUUUUAUUUAAAGUUAGAUAAGAUUUCUUCUUUCAACUUAAAUAUCAAUAUUUUUAAAGGGUAUUUUGGUUAAGAUUUUCUUCUUUUCUUGUUUUCUUUCCAAUUUUUUAUUUUUUUUGGGAAUGACGAUAAAAAUGAUAGCAAUUUUUGGUAUUGUGAUAUUGGCACUAAUUUAUAAGGCAAUUAUUCCACCAUCACCAAAGAUUUGUGGUUCACCAAAUGGACCUUUAAUUACAGCACCAAGAAUUAAGCUUUCUGAUGGGAGAUAUUUGGCUUAUAAAGAAAAUGGUGUUCCUAGAGAUGAAGCAAAACACAAAUUUGUAUUCAUUCAUGGCUUUGAUUGUGUUAGACAUGAUGUUGCUUUGCUCACAACUAUUUCUCCUGAGGUUAUGCAAAGUUUGGGAAUCUAUAUUGUGUCAAUUGAUAGACCUGGUUAUGGUGAAAGUGAUCCUCAUCCACAAAGAACACCAAAGACCUUAGCUCUUGAUAUUGAAGAAUUAGUUGAUCAAUUGGAAUUGGGACCUAAAUUUUAUGUUAUAGGAUUUUCUAUGGGUGGACAAGCUGUUUGGGGCCUUCUCAAGUAUAUUCCUCACAGAUUGGCUGGAGCAAUUCUUCUAACACCAGUGACUAACUACUGGUGGGGUAGUUUCCCAGCAAACUUGACUAAACAAGCGUACUACGAACAGCUCGUGCAGGAUCAAUGGACGUUGCGGAUUGCACACUACUUACCAUGGCUGACUUACUGGUGGAACACUCAAAGAUUGUUUCCUUCUUCCAGCGUUGCAACGUUCAGUGAGGAUAUUCUGUUCGAGCAAGACAGAGUUCUAAUGCCUAUCUUUGAUUCGUAUCAGAGUAAAUAUCGGGACUUGGUAAGACAGCAAGGGGAGUACGAGUCCAUCCAUCGCGACAUAAUGAUAGGGUUCGGGACAUGGGAGUUUGAUCCGAUGGAACUAGAAAAUCCAUUCCCUAACGGGGAAGGGUCCGUUCACAUCUGGCAAGGCGAUGAAGACGGGCAUGUACCAGUCAUUCUACAACGAUUCAUCGCGAAGAAACUACCAUGGAUUCACUAUCAUGAAAUGAAAGGUGGAGGUCAUAUGUUUCCAUGGGCUGAAGGAAUGGGAGAUAAAGUUAUGAAGACAUUUUUACUUGGAGAGCCUUUUGUUAUGUAAAAGCUAUAAAGGGCUUUUAGUAUUGGAUUCAAUGAUCAUUUUUGUCAUUGAACAAAUUUGAAUAUGUAGUUAAUAAUUAAAUUCUACUUAAGUUGAUUUUAGCUAUGUCGCUCGAACUCUUAAAACUUAUCGUCCUUCUAAAACUAUGAAUUUUUAAAGAGUUCGAGCAACGGAGGUUCUCGAAACAACCUUGAAGAAAAA